AUGGCCGAUAUACUAGAGAAAGUUAUGUCUCACAAGAAAGCUGCUUCGGUGGCUACGGGGCAUGACUCGAAGCCGCAGGCCGGGGAUACGGAGUUGUUAGCAACACUGGGGUACAAGCAGGAAUUGCGACGUCAUUAUUCGACAGUUGAGAUUUUCGCUGUUGCGUUUAGUAUUAUGGGACUUUUGCCUUCAAUUGCUUCGACUCUGUCAUUUUCUAUGCCUGCCGGUCCGGUCGGGUGGCUGGCUGCAAGUUUCUUCAUUUUUAUUGUCAGUUUGGCAAUGGCCGAUAUGGCAUCUGCAAUGCCCACAGCCGGAGACGGAUUCGCAAACAUGCUCCUCUCCAUGAUCUCUAUCGCUCGAGAUGGCAACUGGACGGCCACAAGACCAGUCAUCUACGGUACAUACGUGGCAACAGUCGCCGCGCAUGGCUUUAUGGCCAUCUUUUUUGGGCGAGCAAUGCCUAAGAUCCAGUCCGCGUGUAUAUUCCUCAACAUCGCUCUAGUCGUCGCUACUGUUAUCGCCCUGCCAAUCGGAAAGGCACAUAACAGUCCACCCGUGAACUCCGGCUCUUAUGUCUUCGGUGAGAUCCAGAACUAUACGACUUGGCCCACGGGCUGGGCAUUUAUGUUGGCAUGGCUGUCCCCUAUUUGGACUAUUGGUGCGUUUGAUUCUUGCGUGCAUAUGAGUGAAGAGGCUACUCAUGCUGCCCGCGCUGUACCAUUGGGUAUCAUUAGUUCGACUGGAUUGUGUGGUGUCCUUGGGUUUGUCUCUCUGGCUGUUAUUGCUUCUUCGAUGAGUAAGGAUAUCGAGGGUAUUUUGGGCUCGAAGUUUGGUCAGCCUAUGGCUCAGAUCUACUAUGAUGCCCUCGGCAAGAACGGUGCGCUUGGAUUCAUGGCCUUGACUAUGAUCGUCCAAUUCUUCAUGGGGCUUAGUAUCGUCCUAGCAGCAUCCCGCCAAAGCUGGGCGUUUUCCCGCGACGGCGCCCUCCCUUUCUCCAAAUACUUCCGAAAAGUAAGCCAACACAACCUAAUGCGCUACCAACCUGUACGAAUGGUCUGCGGCGUAGUCGCCGCAUCCAUAAUCAUUGGCCUCCUUUCCCUUAUCGACAACGCCGCAGCAAACGCUCUGUUCUCCCUCGCUGUAGCUGGUAAUGACCUAGCCUGGCUAACGCCUAUCCUGUGUCGCUUGCUUUGGGGUAAUGAGAGCUUUGUUCCUGGUGAAUUCUAUACGGGGAAGUAUCUCAGCAAGCCUAUUGGCUGGGUUGCGGUUAUUUAUAUGAUUUUCGCUAUUGUGCUCAGUAUGAUUCCUACUGAGGGGCCUAGUCCUUCGUCUUCGACUAUGAACUAUACCGUUGUUAUUAAUGGGUCGCUUUGGGGUUUGGCUUUACUUUAUUAUUAUGUUUAUGCGAAGAAGACUUAUAAGGGGCCACGGACUACUGUUAGUCCUGAGGAUGAGGGCAUGGCUACCCAUGUAGAUAUGGAGACUAAAUAG